CACAAAGCCCAAUAGUGCAAACCAGAAAUAAAUAAAGAAAAAACGAAAUUAUUAAAUAAAAGAAAACGAAAUUAUUAAAUAAAAAAAAUUAUUAAAUAAAGAAAAACGAAAUCAUUAAGUUAAGAUACCAUCAUUGAUAAGUUUAACAAAACAAAACGCGGGGAUAAGGGUGCCAGUCACGCGUGGUUCAUUCCACAGUGAGUGUGUCUUCAGCGCCAAACAGGGACGUGUUAUUCACAGAGAAAAUGUCAGUUUUAAAAAGGACACAAAUUAUGUUUCUAAUAUUGACCAUCGCAACCAGCCUGCCUUUGUCAAAUGCAACGUUACCUAAGCCACCACAGAUGCAACAGUUUGAGACGGAAGAGGAUAUGUUGAGAGCAUAUAUGAUUGAGGGUUAUACAUAUGAAAAGAUGCUUCUGUGUUUAUCAUUGUAUCACAGCAUUACAUGGAGCGUCCGUAAACUUAAACAAAGACUAAAAUCUUUCAACCUCUAUCGAAGGAAACACAUGACUCCUCUUCCAAUCGUUGAAGAUAAAAUAAAAGAGGAGUUAACUGGCCCUAACAGUAAUGUUGGGUACAGAGAAAUGUGGAGGACACUACAAAGAAAAUAUAAACUUGUUGUUGCAAGGAAUAAAGUAAUGGAAAUUUUACGGAGAUUGGACCCCCAUGGCAGUGAGAAAAGGAGGACACGGCGUUUGCAAAGACGAAUUUAUAUCAGUGAUGGUCCUAACUUUACCUGGCAUAUGGACGGUUUUGAUAAAUUAAAACCGUAUGGAUUUGCAAUUCAUGGUGCUGUAGAUGGAUUUUCCAGACGUGUCAUGUGGUUAGAAGUAUGUGCCACUAAUAAUGACCCAGCUGUUAUUGCAGGUUAUUAUUUGAAUUGUAUAGAACAAAUGGAAGGAAUCCCAAAGAAUCUUAGAACAGACCCUGGGACCGAGAACAGCACAACAGCAGCGAUACAAACAGUUUUUUCUGUGAACGAAUUAAGUCACAGGUUUGUCACUUCUGUAAGGAAUCAGCGUAUAGAGGCAUGGUGGAGCUAUUUUAAAAGAAACAAAGCUCAGUGGAUGAUGGACUAUUUCUCCGAUUUGUAUUCAGUCGGUAUUUACAAUCCAGAUAAUCGAUUUCAGAAAUCUUGUUUUCAGUUUUGCUUUAUGAAUAUAUUACAAAAAGAACUCGAGAGUACCGCAUUAGCAUGGAACUCUCAUAGAAUAAGACCAAACACAGGCUCGUGUCCUGCAGGAAUUCCAAAUGAAAUAUAUUUCUUACACGACCUCUACAGCAAAUCAGACUUUAAACAGCCAAUCAAUCAGGACCAAAUCAACAAUAUGAGAGUAAACACUAAACCUAAAAAGUUGUGUGAUGAUAACGAUGUAGAAGAAUACUUAGAGUAUGUCAAAUCCUUUGCAGAUUGGGAUGAACCAAGUGAUUUUGACUCUGCGUUAAAACAAUAUUUGAGACUUAUGCGCCUCUCUGGCGAAAAUUAACAACAUAGAUAGAUAGUAAUAAUUAAUAAAAAAAAAAAGGCUUAAGAGGUAUUCAGAAAAGGAAAGUGUACAUGCAUGCCCUGCAUAUUCGCGAACUGGAUUUCAGAGGUCAGAAAGGCGUGAAAGAUCUACAUUGUAUUUAAAUAAUAUUGUUUUUAGAGAGCAACUGUUCAUUAAACUUGGAUUUUUAUAAUUCGUAUUCGAAAAUUCAGAAAUGUAUAGUUUUUGCCCCAUGCUUCCGUCUCCGUCUGUCCAGCUGUCUUUCUAUUCGUCUGCAAAAACUUUAACACGACUAUAACCUUUGAUUGGUUUGAGCAAUGGGUCACAUAUUUCAAAAAUAUAAUCCUUGUGACAAUGCUUUUCUUUACGUAUCAACAUAUUUGACCCCUUGACCUUGGAGUUUAAAAUAAUCCAGCCAUAAAUUACCUAAUAUUAUAACCAUGGCCAUAUCUUUUGAACGAUUGGUGCUAUAAUAGCUCUCAAAUUUCACAUGUGUAUUUAUUGAAACAAGAUCUUUCAAGGAAUAUAAAUAUCUCUGACCUUUUGACUUUGACCCAGUUAAAAAAAAUUAAAAAUUCACAAAUCUUUUGAACAAUUAGUACAAGGGUCUUCAUAUUUCAUAGGUGUAUUUAAUGUGACAAUGCAUUCCAUACCAACAAAUUUGACUUUUUGAACUUAGAGUUUGACCUGUUUUUGAAAAAAGUUAAAUUUGGAUUUUGAACUUUUGAACAUUGGUGCUUCAUGUUUGGUUUACAUUUCAAAAACCUUUAACCUAAGCCAAAAAUUUUAAUAGCAAGUGUCUGGGCUCUCCUUUUUCACAUAUAUAUUCAUUGAGAACAAGUCCUUUCUUCCGAUAACUAGUCAACCCUUUAAUCCUUGACCUUGAAGUUUGACUAGUAUUUGAGGAACUUUAACCUUCGCUAAAAGCUGACAUAUUGGGAAGAAAAGUGUUUCACGAACACAUCCUAGUUUUUUUCUGUCUUGAUAUACGAUUACUUUUAAUUUUACACGACAUCCAUUAAAACAUGUUUAUUUUUCUG